AGUGUCGGGGGCGGGGUCAGGGGCGGGGCUCCCGCGCCGCCGGAUGACAUCACUUGCACUUGCAGCAGGCGCGGGUCGAGCGGCGGCGGGAUCGCGUCACUGGUGCGCGCCGCGGCUCCGGGCGCGAUGGCGGCGCUGGGCGGGGAUGGGCUGCGCCUGCUGUCGGUGUCGCGGCCGGAGCGGCAGCCCGAGUCAGCAGCUCUGGGCGGCCCGGGCCCUGGGCUGUGCUGCUGGGUGUCUGUGUUCUCCUGUCUUAGCCUCGCCUGCUCCUACGUGGGCAGCCUCUACGUCUGGAAGAGCGAGCUGCCCAGGGACCACCCUGCAGUCAUCAAGCGGCGUUUCACCAGUGUGUUGGUGGUGUCCAGCCUCUCGCCUCUGUGCGUGCUACUCUGGAGAGAACUCACAGGCAUCCAGCCAGGCACAUCCCUGCUCACCCUGAUGGGCUUCAGGCUGGAGGGUAUUUUCCCAGCAGCACUGCUGCCCCUGCUGCUGACCAUGAUCCUUUUCCUGGGCCCACUGAUGCAGCUCUCUAUGGAUUGCCCAUGUGACCUGGCAGAUGGUUUGAAGGUUGUCUUAGCUCCUCGCUCCUGGGCCCGCUGCCUCACGGAUAUGCGUUGGUUGCGGAAUCAAGUGAUUGCGCCCCUGACAGAAGAACUGGUGUUCCGGGCCUGUAUGCUGCCUAUGUUAGCACCAUGCACGGGCCUGGGCCCUGCGGUGUUCACCUGCCCACUCUUCUUUGGAGUUGCCCAUUUUCACCACAUUUUUGAGCAGCUUCGAUUCCGCCAGAGCAGUGUGGGGAGCAUCUUCUUGUCUGCAGAGGAACUCAGAACAAAGGCUGCAGCCCUGAGAACAGCAAGGACCCUGCCAAAUAACACUGACACUCCCUGGGUGGCCUCAUCCUGGGCUUCCAGCUCCAGAGCCAAGACCCUAAAGCGGAAAUCCCUCCUGGGCACCUCUCCUUGUGUGGCCCUCACACAAGCUCAUCAAGUCCAAAGUCGGCUUCCCUCACCCAGUCCUCCUCUGCCUUCUGCUGCACGCCUCACUGUGCACCCAGUUACUAAAAACCUGCACUCCGUCACCCUCAACACCCACCCCUGUGUCACCAGGUCAAGAGAGACAGCUCUACCAUGGCCAUCUCUAGACUCUGUGACCCCUGGUCUCCAGGCCAUGCCUUCUGCCAGGUUUCCAAGUCCUGGCUACCUCCAGCCACACCAAACUUGCCUUGUGCUCUCAUGCCUCCACCCCUUUACACCUGCCCGGUAAGCUCUUCCUGGAAGUCUGAACUUGACGGCCUUCGUCUGUACCUCCCGCCCUCACAACAGAGCUGGACCCUCCCCUUUAUAGUAGGCUUCUGUGGGAUCGGCUGUCGCAAAACACCUCUCUUGUCCUCAGCUUUUACUUGUCUCCAUUCUUCAUACGCCUGGGACCAUUUUGAGGGCAGGGGUGCUGAGGUAUAUGUCCACAUGCUUUGUGCAUAGGGCCCUGAUUUCUGCUCAUUAAACUGCUGGGGGACAACAUGAAGCUGGAGCUGGGCAAGUCCAACCUAGGGGCCACCUGGGGCCUAGGAGCCAGCACUGAGAGAUGUCCCAGGACUGCCAGCCCAUGGGUGGAAUCCCAGUGUCCACGUGCCUGUGCCCACAUGGCUGUCACUUCAGAUAAAGCAUCUCUGUGUCACCCAUUCAUGACCUCUGUUGGGAACUUCAGUGGGGACUCCAGGCCCAGCAUGGGUUGCUGGACCCUGUUGCUACUCUUGAGAAAUUCUGCCUAUCCGACCUAGCAUUCCUAUCACCUGGAGCCUCAGGUGGGAAGGGUGCCUCCCCCACAGGAAUUGCAGAGCAGGACCCAGCCAACAUUGCCUUGGGCCUGUCUCAUGUGACAGAUCUAUCAGUCUGUCUGAGGCUAGCCCCUGUCUCUCCUAAAGGAAUGGGGACAUUUCAACUGGACCAAAGCAUGGCAUUUGAGAAGAUAAAACCGAUUAAAUCAUCUAAAGAACCUAGAACCACAUAGGGGUGGGAGGGAUCCUCAGAGACCUACCCUGUUCCACCUUACACUUCCCAUUUGCAGGCCCCUCCUCCUUUUAAUUUGGGGGGAGACGUCAUGUGACCCCCUAUGCUGUGAGCUCCACGGGGGCAGGAACUAGGCCCAUCUGGUUCCUGAUGUACCUCGGCUCCCAGCACAGAGUGGCUUGUGAUGGAUGCUAGUAUGCUUGUACACUUAAGAAGGAAUGAAAACAUUUUUGAAGGGGAAAAGAGGAACAUAAAUACCAAUGCUACAGAGCAUCAGUUGACCUGGGCUAGAAUCCAGUGCCUUCCUUUUACAAGUGCAGUAGCUGAGGCCCUGGGAGUGGCGACACGUAGGAGGGGCUUCCAGUUACCAGGUGGCUACACCCCCCCACAGGCUACAUCCUUUCUCCUGUCAGCCCUAUGAGGUACAGAAGUACAUGCAAUU